UAUAAUACUUAUUUAUUUAUGGAGGCAAUAAUGGAUAAAUCAGAGAAAGAGAUUAUCGACCUGCAAAAGGAGAUAUUGGAUAUUGAGAAGAAUCAGACGGCGAUCAAGGAGAAGGGCGUGAGCUUCAAGGAACAGAUAAAUGUUGGCUUUAGACAUUUGGACGAUAUAUGCAACACGCUGGCCAAGCAGGAGAAGGAGUCGUCGCGCCUGCAGGCGCGUCUGGCCGCCCUGCCCAAGUCCAAGGAGAGCGCCGAGCUCGCCGCCAAGCUGAGCGGCCUGCGCGCCUCCAUCCGCCAGUCCAAGAAGACGUUCACGCCCGAGACCGGCGGCAUGUUCGUGCGUCUCUUCCUGGGCCAGGUCAACGUGAAGCACUACCGCGAGGGCGAGCGCUUCCGCCUCAAGACCGAGUACGAGAAGUUCCGCUUCAAGACCAACCCGCAGUUCCUCGGCUUUGUCGCGCUGCUCCUCCUGUUCCCCUACAGCUCGUUCGUCACCACUUCGUGGCAGAUCUGGCUGCUCUACUACUACGUGACUUUGGCGCUGCGCGAGAACAUCUUGCUGGUCAACGGCAGCUCGAUCCGUCCCUGGUGGAUCAUGCAUCACUACCUCUCUAUUGCCGGCUCGCUCACCAACCUCCUCUGGCCCUUCUCCGACUCAUUCGCCUACUUCCUGCCUCAAAUGACCUACUUCUCUGGCGCGCAAGGUCUAGUCCAGUUCCUUGCCAGUCGUUAUCAACAAGGUCAACUCUACAAGCUCACUGCGAUGGGCAAGGCGACAAUAAUGGAUGUAUCUGGUGAGAAUAACAAACAGAUACAAGGUCAUGGAUGGGCACCAAGUGCACUGUUCUUGUUGCCAUUCCUGUUGUUUGUACAGUCAUUCCAACUAUACAAUGGUAUCACAUUCUUGUAUUACUGUUUCACUCAUCAGGGUAUCGAGUGGCAGGUGAUUGCCUGUGGCAUCAUAUUCAUCCUGCUUGGCGUUGGCAACUUCAUCACAACAAUGCAGACCUACUACUCCAAAUGGCUUAACAAGAAACAGAAGAAGUCA